GGAUCAUGGAUCGCAACGCACUGGCGGAGCUGCUGCAGGCGCUGGAGAGCAGACGCGACGCAGAGGAGAGGAGGAGGGAGGAGCGCUACACGGCGCUCAUUGAACGGGUAGGGCUGGCCGUUGCCGCAGCAACGACCCCUACCACAACACCGCUGAUGUCGCCCCCGAAGGCACGGGCAAUGAAGAUGUCGGCGGAGGAUGACCCGGAGGCGUAUUUGGUGGCGUUCGAGCGGCUGGCUACCGCGGCGGCUUGGCCGCGGGAGUUCUGGGCCAGCCAGUUGGGACCCUGCCUGAUUGGGGAGGCUCAGGCAGCCUACCAAGCCAUGAGCGACCAUCACGCCACCGAGUAUGACCUGGUCAAGCAGGCUAUCCUCCGCCGGCUGAACAUCACCACGGAGACCCACCGGGCGCGGUUUAGGGAGUACCGGAGAGCCCCGGAGACACGCCCCAGGGUGGUUGCAGAGCGGUUGUGCGACCACAUGGUGCAUUGGCUGACCCCCGGGAAGAAGACCGCCCAGCAGAUGGGGGAAGCCAUUGUGGUAGAGCAAUUUUGCCAUGUGGUCGGCGCCGAAACCCAGGCGUGGAUACGGCGCCACAACCCCGACACCCUGGAGGAGGCGGUCAAAUUGGCUGAAGACUUCGAAGACUCCCUGACUUCUGCCCGGAUCGGGAUCCUGUCGGCCCCUGCCCUUCGGAGCAGCCGACCUCUCCCUCCCUCUCCUCCAACACCACCACCACCACCCCCCCCCGCGUUCCAGGGACCCAGACCUCCUAGAACACCGACCCCAUUGGGCCCCCUUGCCUCCCCCCCAUGGAGACCAAGGUUGGCCCCCAGCUGGGGUAGAGGUGCUGCCCCUGCCCCGUUGCCAUACCAGCAGCGGGACAGAUUUAUGACCUAUGCCCCCUCUGUCCCUCCUAUCUGUUUUAGGUGCCACCAGCCGGGACAUCUGGCCAGGUCAUGCCCCGCUGCCAUGGAGUGUGACGUGGCCGCGUGCAAUUGGGCACCUGAAACUGACAGUUAGAGCACAUCUCCGGAGCUGUCGCCGAGGGUCAGCACAAUCCGGAGCACCACUGCACUAAACGUCACGGAAAUACUUGUGUUUGCACUAAGCACCAGCACGACUGCACUCACCCAGGACUGGUGACCGUGUGUUCUUUUUGUUCGGGACUGUGCCCUGUUUUGUUAUCCCCGUGCUUUACACAUUGGUGUGUAUAGCCGGGGGUUUAUUAGUUAACGGUCACCAGACCUGGAUUAUAAAUAAAACACCAUUUUUCCACUGUAUACCGUUGUCUGCCUGUUCACUCCUGCAUCGCAUCACCGCUACACCUGUUCCCCUUCA